AUGAGGAGCGAUAGUUCGGAACUGCUGCUCGAGCAACAGGCCGAAGAGCUACGGAAGAAGAAGCUGCUCGAGCUAGCGGCGGCGAAGAAGGCGAAGAAUGGGCCACCGCCGAAGCGGUCGCUGCGCGAGAACGCCUCCUUCUACACCACGUCCAGCCUGGCGUUCCUGUCGGUGACGGCCGGCGCCUCGCUGCUCUUCCUCGUGCCGCUGUACGUCGAUCCGGCCAUCUCGACGCUGGUCGGCGACUUCGUCGAGCGGCCGACGAUGUGCGUGACGACGCGGCGCGAGGACAUGACCGGCCUGUUCAACUGCUCGUGGAGCUCGUGCCGGGAGGGCUGCACCUCGGACGUGUUCCGCUGCACGCACAUCUACGUGACGUUCAUCGACGACCUGAACUUCACCUUCCCGUUCAACGCGACGCCCGGCGAGCUGUUCAACCUGACCGACGUCGAGCGCUCGGACGAGGCGAUCCUGCUGGUCAACAUCAAGGGCUGCGGCUACCCGCCCGCCGUCAGCUGCAAGAACUUCACCGACAUGUACGGCUUCGAGGGGGCCGUCUUCCCCUGCUACUACUCGAAGCAGAACAAGACGGUCGUGAUGACCGCGUACAACCGCGAGGACCAGGUCAACACGAUCAUCCACUUCUUCGUGGUCCCGUUCAUCGUCACCGUCGUCUCGUCGGUCCUCCUCUGCAUUAUGCACUGUGAUUGUAGGUGUAAAAAGGAGCGCCGGCGGCACCGGCACCGGCACCGGCGGCCUAGGAUAGAGAAUCUCAGCGAUUCAUCAAUAUCGACACGAGUGGACAUGCUCACACCGGCGAUCGAAGUGUACAAGCCGCCACUCUGA